CGCCGGCGCCGGCUUGCCCAGUAUAAAGGGCGCCGCGCGGCGAGGCGCGCGCUCCACUCGGCAGAGGGCGCCUGCGCAGUGCGGGCAGCUCCCGCCUCCCGCCGCCGGCUCGGCCCGGCCCCUUGUCGUUCCCCGACCCCAGGCCUCUCAGCCACCGCUCGGUUCCCGCAGCCUCUGGCAGCUCCGCGUCCGGCAGCAUGUUCAGCUGGGUCAGCAAGGAUGCGCGUCGUAAGAAGGAGCCGGAGCUGUUCCAGACGGUGGCCGAGGGGCUGCGGCAGCUGUACGCUCAGAAGCUGCUGCCGCUCGAGGAGCACUACCGCUUCCACGAGUUCCACUCGCCCGCGCUCGAGGACGCGGACUUCGACAACAAGCCCAUGGUGCUGCUCGUGGGCCAGUACAGCACGGGCAAGACCACCUUUAUCCGGCACCUGAUCGAGCAGGACUUCCCGGGGAUGCGCAUCGGGCCCGAGCCCACCACCGACUCGUUCAUCGCCGUCAUGCACGGCCCCACCGAGGGCGUGGUGCCGGGCAACGCGCUCGUCGUCGACCCGCGACGCCCCUUCCGCAAACUUAACGCCUUCGGCAACGCCUUCCUCAACAGGUUCAUGUGUGCCCAGCUGCCCAACCCGGUGCUGGACAGCAUCAGCAUCAUCGACACGCCGGGGAUCCUGUCCGGGGAAAAGCAGCGCAUCAGCCGAGGCUAUGACUUCGCCGCAGUGCUGGAGUGGUUUGCGGAGCGCGUGGACCGCAUCAUCCUGCUCUUCGACGCCCACAAGCUGGACAUCUCGGACGAGUUCUCAGAGGUCAUCAAGGCCCUCAAGAACCACGAGGACAAGAUCCGCGUGGUGCUCAACAAGGCGGAUCAGAUCGAGACGCAGCAGCUGAUGCGCGUCUACGGGGCGCUCAUGUGGUCGCUGGGCAAGAUCAUCAACACGCCCGAGGUGGUACGGGUCUACAUCGGCUCCUUCUGGUCACACCCGCUGCUCAUACCCGACAACCGCAAGCUCUUCGAGGCCGAGGAGCAGGACCUGUUCAAGGACAUCCAGUCCCUGCCCCGCAACGCUGCCCUCAGGAAGCUCAACGACCUGAUCAAGAGGGCGCGGCUGGCCAAGGUGCACGCCUACAUCAUCAGCUCCCUCAAGAAGGAGAUGCCCAACGUGUUCGGGAAGGAGAGCAAGAAGAAGGAGCUGGUGAACAACCUGGGCGAGAUCUACCAGAAGAUCGAGCGGGAGCACCAGAUCUCGCCUGGCGACUUCCCCAGCCUGCGCAAGAUGCAGGAGCAACUGCAGACACAGGACUUCAGCAAGUUCCAGGCCUUGAAGCCCAAGCUGCUGGACACAGUGGACGACAUGUUGGCCAACGACAUUGCGCGCCUGAUGGUGAUGGUGCGCCAGGAGGAGUCGCUCAUGCCCUCGCAGGCCGUCAAGGGUGGCGCCUUCGAUGGCACCAUGAACGGGCCCUUUGGGCACGGCUAUGGUGAGGGCGCCGGCGAGGGCAUCGACGAUGUCGAGUGGGUGGUGGGCAAGGACAAGCCCACGUACGACGAGAUCUUCUACACUCUGUCCCCUGUCAACGGCAAGAUCACGGGCGCCAACGCCAAGAAGGAGAUGGUGAAGUCAAAGCUGCCCAACACGGUGCUGGGCAAGAUCUGGAAGCUGGCGGACGUGGACAAGGACGGGCUGCUGGACGAUGAGGAGUUCGCCCUGGCCAACCACCUCAUCAAGGUCAAGCUCGAGGGCCACGAGCUGCCCGCGGAUUUGCCCCCGCAUCUUGUUCCGCCCUCCAAGCGGAGGCACGAGUGACACGGUGCAGCCGCCAGGGAGGCCUCAGCCGGGGGAGGGAGGGCCCGCUGUUUGUCGAGGUCCAUAAAAGACGGAGCACGGGCUGCCUCCGCCCUGGCAAAGGAGAACCGCCAUCUUUCUCGGAAGGCCAGCCCAGCCUGGCAGCGGGGGAGCCAAGCAGGGGAGGCCCCCGGCCGUGUGCAGGGUGUUUUGUGCACAGGAACUGUGGGUAUUUUAAUAUAUAAUGUUAGAGGCAGCCUCCUGUCUGGCCUCCUCUCUCGGGCUGCCCCACGCUCACACAGGCCCCCGGCCGCCUUCCUGUGACCACGAGUGCCAGCACUGACCAGGCGGCCCCACCUUGCCCUCUCUGGCAGCUUCUGGGGCCCUCGGGGUGGGUCUGAGCAGAAGUUGCCUCAUGGCAGGCGGUGGCUUCCUCUCCCCCCACACCCCUCCCUGACUCCCAGCACACGGGCCCCAGCUGUGCUAUCUGCACCCCUCCUGUGCACCACUGUCUUUUUGGGGGUGGGGCUGGGGAGAAACAGGAGUUGGGAUGGAGGACAGAGAGGACGUCUUCCAGAAAACAUACAAGCUGAAUCUUGCUUCCUGGGGUGACCCUUUCUGUACCCCAUGGGUUUUUCCAGCGGUUUCCAGCCACUUGUUCUAAACUGAGUCGUUUGUCUCCCAUCCCCCACUACAGCCCAGAUGGGUUCCUCAGGGAGCCUGGUGCGGUUGGGCCGGGAAGAGGAAGUCGAGGCCGAGGCCCGGGCACAGGGACCAGGGAAACCCCAGCCUUUUCCGGCUUUGUUUCCUGCCUGCCUUCCUCCUGGCCAGGCCCAGGAGGCUGGCACAGGGACUUCGUGUCCUUGGGACCAGGCAGUAAGCAUCAAGCCAGCCAGCAAGAGGCCCAGGCCUUCCACCAUAUACACACACAGCCCCUGGGGCCUGGUCGCGCUCGCCAGCCAGCUGUCGGCUGCCAGGGCAGGUGGAGCAGCCCACAUACUAGGCGCUAAGGUGUCUCCUGGCUGGGCUUUGGGGAGCCACCCUGACCCCCAGUGCUGUUCCAUAGGCCUCUGCCGUUCAUACCUACGGUGUCAGGUUGGGGAUAUGGAGGAAUGACUGAGUGGGGACACCCUUCCUGGCAUUAAAGAAAGUUGUGCCUGUACCAAGCAUGGCAGGUGCAGCUCAGCCAUCUCUUGGGGGCACGAACCCUGAGCCACCCAGCCAUCCCUGCUCCACACCCUGGGACGGGCAGCUGCAAGCUGGUGGGGAGAAGGGCUCCGGGGCUGUCGACCCCGCCUUGUGUCCCUGAGGUUGGGCAGAGCAAUGCUGUGUUU